CUCCACUAAGAACUCCACCAACACCACUAACUCCACUACCACCACUACUAAACAUCACUACAGUAUGGCCAAGAGAAGAAGAGCGGCAAUGUUGCCCACCAAUAUCAUCUUAUUGCAGAACUUAGUACGUAGAGACCCUGAAGUUUACCACGAUGAGUUUGCUCAGCAAUAUAGUCAUUAUCUCUCGUUACGAGAUAUCUUCUUAAUGAACCCCAGUGCUUCCGACAAGGGCAUAGAGUUUGGAGAAUUAAUCGGUUUCGUAUCGGCCGUAUGUGGUUGUUACCCUCAAGAAACUGCCACAUUCCCUGAUGACUUGAAGCAGCUUAUUUUAGAGAAUCACCGAGAUUUAUCACCAGAAUUAAGAGAGAAGAUCAUUCAAUGUUUAACCAUGUUAAGAAACAAAGACGUUAUAAGUGCUGAAUCAUUGAUUCAGACUAUCUUCCCAUUGUUAACAGCCUAUAGUGCCAGUAAUUCCACUACCGGACAACACGUUAAGGCCCUCAGACAUCAAAUCUAUAGUACAUUAAUAUCCCUCUUGAAGUCCGUCAAUACCGGAACAAAGAGUCAGAAACUUAACAGAUCUACCCAAGCGCUUUUAUUCAAUUUGUUAGAACAAAGAGACAACCAGGGGCUUUGGGCCACUAAGUUAACCAGAGAAUUAUGGAGAAGAGGUAUUUGGGAUGAUUCAAGAACAGUAGAAAUCAUGACUCAAGCAGCAUUACAUCCAGAUGUCAAAGUUGCCGUGGCAGGAGCCAAGUUCUUUUUAGGAGCCGAUAAGGAAAGAGAAGAAAACUUUGAUGAUAACUCAUCGGAUGAAGAUGGGUUCGAUAUGGGAGCCAUGAAGCAUAAGAUGCAAGUCAAUAAGAAAUCCAAGAAGAAGUCGAAGAAGUUGGAACAGGCCGUCAAGACGUUAAAGAAGAAGAACAAUUCCAAACUGUCGACCACCUACUUGAACUUCUCGGCUAUUCAUUUAUUAAGAGAUCCUCAAGGAUUUGCUGAACAACUCUUUGAUAAUCAUCUCAACAGUAAACAUGCCAAUAAGUUUGAUUUGGAUCAGAAGAUCAUGUUUAUGAAUUUGAUCUCUCGAUUGAUCGGUACCCAUAAGUUGACUGUCUUAGGGAUCUAUACCUUUUUCUUGAAAUAUUUAACUCCUAAACAGAGAAAUGUUACUCAAAUAAUGGCUGCUUCUGCUCAAGCAUCUCAUGAUUUAGUGCCUCCUGAAUCCAUUAGUCCAGUGAUUCGAAAGAUUGCUGAUGAAUUCGUUAGUGAUGGGGUUGCUGCUGAAGUGGCCUCGGCGGGGAUUAAUACUAUUCGAGAAAUCUUAACCAGAGCUCCAUUGGCUAUUGAAAAGGAUUUAUUACAAGAUCUUACUGAAUAUAAGGGAUCUAAAUCCAAAGCAGUUAUGAUGGCUGCCAGAUCAUUAAUCUCAUUGUAUAGAGAAGUAGCCCCGGAAAUGUUACAACGAAAGGAUCGAGGUAAGACUGCCAGUAUGGAAUUACAACAUGGAGAAAAGAAAGGAGGUCCACAAUAUGGUGUAGAACAAACUGUCAGAUCCAUUCCCGGGCUUGAGUUGUUGGCCAAAUGGAGAAAGGAACAAGGGUUAGGUAAUGAAGAUGGCGAAGAUGAUGAAGCCAACUGGGAAGUGGAUGAAGAAGACAAUGCCAGUGACAUUGAAGGCGACUGGGUGACUGUUGAUUCCGAUAAGGAGUACGAUGUAUCUGAUUCUGACGAUGAGCCAGUUGAAGAAGACAAGAACGAAAAGGAUGACAAUGACAAUGACAAUGAAGUGUCUGAUCUCGAAUUAUCGUCCGAUGACGAAGAGGAAGAUGAAGAGGAAUCCGAAAGACCAGCCAAGAAAGCCAAGAUCGAUACAGCUGCUGAAGAGACUGUUGAUGCUGAGAAGGCCAUGGCCGAGAUGUUAUCCAGCCGAAUCUUAACCCCAGCGGAUUUCGCCAAAUUAGAAGAGUUAAGAACUCAGGCCGGAGUGGAGAAGUUGAUGGGAUCCAGACAAGCCAACGAAGAAGAAGUGGACUCCACCACAUUAGUCGGUAAAGUCAAAUAUAAACAGUUGAGAGAAGAAAGAAUCGCACAAGCUAAGGAAGGUAGAGAAGAAAGAGAUAAGUUUGGAUCGAGAAGAGGAAAGAGAGAUGCUCCUCAUUCGACUACCAAUAAGGAGAAGGCCCGAAAGAAGAAUUUUGUUAUGAUGAUUCAUAAGAAGGCCGUUCAAGGGAAGCAGAAGUUAUCGCUUAGAGAUAGACAGAAAGUGUUGAAGGCCCACAUCACCAAACAGAAGAAGAAGGGCUAUUAGUAGUUAGUUAAACAUUUGUACAUUAGGGUUAUAAUACAACAAUGAUAUAUAAAGAUAAAGAUAGAA